AUGCCGGUCCUCGACCCAGAGCUCAUUGGCCGCGGCCUGAAUGAGAUCACUCAUCAACUCGCUCGCAGAGACGUGGAUCAUCGGGUGUUGGAGACGCUCGCAGUUGCGGCAACAUGCAUCUUUGGCGUUGGAGGAUAUAUUUACUGGGCAAUGAAGCAAAAAUGA